UUUACUUUUGAAUUGCGUCCCGCGACAGCGUUUGUUCAAAUUAUUUCUUUUCCUGUUCCAAUGGGAUUUUAGACAACUAAGACACCUGGACUAACAAAUCACUUAAUAGAUCAUUUUCAACGACAUGCAUUUGGUCCAAGCGCCUCCGUCUACCCUUUCAACGCCUCGAGAUACGGUCAUUGAAUCCGUUCCUGUUAUGGCUCCAACUGCUGAGGGAAAUCUCAAAAUUAUGAACAUUCUGGAGGCAAAUUCUGAGGUGAUGUGUUGUCGAUUCAAUCUCGAAGGCGGUUUACUGGCGGUUGGUUUAGCUAAUGGAGUAACCAAGGUGUAUGCUCCUGACACAGGACAUUGCGUCUAUAGUCUCUCGGACCAAGACACUUUAAAUAAUCAUUUACCAGUGACCUGUCUUCGUUGGAGACCAACACUGGAGGGUGAUACUUAUGGAAAUAUGUUACUCGCAACUUAUGCAGAUGGUAAAGUCAAAAUCUGGCAUACAUCAACAAGCACCUGUAUGGCAACAGUAACAGAAGUUUCUAGGCAGAUUUUAGCAUGUGCUUACAGUCCUUCAGGAGAUAGAUUUGUCACAGCCGGAUCAGAUACAAAACUAAAUGUUUAUGAUGAAAGAACUAGACAAAUCAUUUGUACCAUGCAGCCAAGCUCAUCCCACCUAGUAAUGGAUGGCCACAUGAGCCGAGUGUUCAGUGUACAGUAUACACCUGGUCAAGAUCAUGAAUUUCUCUCAGGAGGCUGGGAUGAUACAGUUCAGUUUUGGGAUACAAGAGUUGAUAGCAAACAUUCAGUGAGGAAAAUAUUUGGACCUCAUAUUUGUGGUGAUGCACUAGACAUUCAGUCACUGAGCAUGUCAAGCACCAAUCGGCAAAUUCUCACUGGGUCAUGGAGAAAAGACAAAACUCUUCAAAUAUGGGAUCAUGGCUCUGGGAAACUGAUAAAAGAUGUACCAUCUGAUUACAAUGGAAGUAUGCUCUAUUGUGUCCAGUGGCAAGGUCCUGACAGUAUCAUAGCAGGAGGGAGUGAUAACAAUAUGAUGAGAUGUGUGGAUCAAGGAACUUAUCAUACUACUGGCCGGCUUGUAGAUCUUCCACGUGCAGUUUACACGGUAGAUUUUGAGAGACAUUCCCAUCAUCCAAUCAUUGCUGCUGGAACUUCCAACUUUGUAUAUCUUGCAAAGAGGACAUAAGUUGGUUCAUCAUUCCUAAUUAAUUCUUAAGCUAUACUGGGAAUUUUGUUCCAUAUGAUCUAGACUUGAAUGUGCUUGCAGUUUCUCCAGUGUACUCCCUUACAUUGGCAAGCACAUGGGUACCAGCAUAUGCUACUAAAUCCUGUGUUCCCAGUUUAUUGGAAACUUGCUUUAGAUUUCUGCAAUCAGCUAUUCCUUUUAGGUCUGAAAUCUGGCGAG